CCACAUUCUACACUGCUCUAAUCUAAGUUCGCAUUCUCUGAAACCUAUAGCCUCAAGAAUGGUGACGCCCAGAUGGAUGGAGCUGUAUAAGUACGCAGCGUGUGAUCUCGCAGAUGGCUUGCUCAAACUCAACGUUCCAGGGGCAGGCUUUCUGGCCAAUAUACAGCCAAUGCCGCACACUGCGAGCAUACCAAAACCAGAGCUGAAGAAGGUCCUUGCACCUGCAUCGACAUUUCUCAUGGCACCUAAAGCUACCAAAUCCUUCCCUAACCCUACCUCACUGCCUACAAAUGCACCUGGUUCAAAUCUGCCAGACUCCAGGCCCUACGCAGACUACGCAGAGAACGGCACCAUCAUUGUGAUCAGCCAGCCACGAGGCCAAUCUUGCGCAGUGGUGGGCGGCAUCAUGGCUGCCCGUAUGAAGCAUCUCGGCGCACACGGUCUGGUCGUCGACGGUAGAGUACGAGACCUGGUGGCACUGAACGAAACGCAGCUGCCAAUCUGGUCAAAAGGAACGUCGAUCAUUGGUGCAGGAGCGGAGACAAAGUUUCAUGCGCACAACGUGCCGGUGCACAUUGGCGAGACUACUGUCCAGGCUGGCGACAUUGUCAUGAUAGAUCCGCUCGAGAAUGGUGUGGUUGCAGUGCCAAAGGGCAAAAUCGAUGAGCUGCUCGAGCUGCUACCAAAACUUGUGGCAGCCGACGAGAAGGUGAUUGCGGACGUUGAGGGGGGCGUGAGUGUGCAAGAAGCGUUCAAGAGGCAUCGCAGCUAGCCGUAGCCAUAUCAUCAAUACUAUUAGC